CAUUGACGGAAGAAUUUCCAUAUUAAUACACUUUAAAGUUAAGCAACAUUUGAGGUCUUUUAAAAAUCUGCUUUUUACUAAAAGUUUUACCACUAGACGUCUUCUUAUUUUUUAUUCAUCUUUUGGUCAAGUUUCGGCUGCAUUUGAAGCCUUUUAGAAGAAUUAGUCACGUGUAACAUGGCAAAUCCCAAGAUUGAGGGACUUAUCACUCCUCCAUUUACGCCACUCCACGAAAAUGGAGAGAUAAAUUUAGAUGUGAUACCUAAGUAUGUGGAUUACCUUGUACAAGGAGGCAGCCAAGGAGUGUUUGUGAACGGCACCUCUGGUGAGUGCCUACUAUUUUCUGUUGAUGAAAGGAAAAAAUUAGCCGAGAUAUGGGUUAAUGCAGCAAAAGACAAGUUAAAGUAUGUAAUUAUUCAGGUUGGUGCAGAGAGCAUCAAGGAUACACAGGAGCUGGCAAGGCAUGCACAAGACAUAGGGGCACAUAGUAUUGCAGUUCUGCCGCCAUCAUACUACAAAGCAGGAUCUCCAGAUGCAUUAGCUGACUAUUUGCAGGAAGUUUAUAAGGCAGCACCAAGCAUGCCUAUCAUGUAUUAUCAUAUUCCUUUCCUAACUAAUAUUAACUUUCCCCUUGAAGAUAUAUUGUUGGCUGCUCAAGAGAAAGUCCCAACACUUAUUGGUGCAAAGUUUUCUCAUAAUGAUUUGGCAGACAUGGGACGAAGCUUGACUUUGUCACAGGGAAAAUAUCAAGUGUCGUAUGGUGGAGAUGGGAUGAUUCUGGGAGCUCUCGCAAUGGGUGCUGUCUCUUGUGUAGGCGUGUGUUUCAACCUUGCGGGAAAAACAGCAAGUGCUGUUUUUAACGCGUUUAACAAAGGAGACUUGGAGAUAGCGAGAAAACACCAA